GACUGCGAGCUGCAGUUUGGGCACCCAUUCCUUAUAUCUUGACUUGACAAUGAAAAUUGCUUGUCUUUAUUUCAGUCAAUGUGAUUCAGUCAGAGGGCAGAAAACCAUUGUGUUCUUCAACAACUUCAUCAGAUGACACUCAACACGCGAGUGACUGCACCAAGCAACUCGAUACUGCAUCACAGAACACCGAAAUAUGCCCUACCUAUCCUGCAAAUAGUAAAUGUUCUGCUUAUUUAGAGAACCGAAGAAUUUACAUGACGGUAGAACAACAAAACAAAACAGAGAAAGAGGUGAUCGAUAUGAUGGCCCAGUUUAAAGUGAUACUCGGAUUUGCGAAUUAUAUGUCGCUGGAGCAAUUGGAAUAUCUUGCCAAAAAGAAGUUCACUGACAAUCAGAAACAGUUGCUGGAAAGGAUCAAGGCCAAUGCUACUAGGGUAGAGAUCUGUUUUAAUAAAAGUGUACGGUAUUUUUGUCACAAACAUUUUCCAGAAUGCAAAGUAUACUCAAGAGGCAAGGAGUAUUACACUAUGAAAACGAGAUUAUGCCGCGAAGCUUGCAUUGACAUUGCGAACUCAUGUGCUGACGAGCUAAUGUUUGUACCCAUUUUUGAUAGAGAAAAUGCAAAUUUCUUCAAAUUAAACUGCGAGUUACUACCAAAAAGGAGUACAGCAUCUACUGAAUCUUGUGUUGAUCCAAGAGCCCCUGACAAAGUGACAACGACAACACCGACGUUCACACCACGAACUCGCACACGCACCACAGAAAUUUCCUCAAAGACAUCAAAGUCACUGACAACAUCGCCAAACAAGAGCUCAUUACAAACAAGCACAAAGCCAUCAACUGAACGAACAAAGAGUCCUACGACCUCUUUGCCACCAACAACAAAACAAAAGUCGAGCAGCACUCGUCAAAGGAAGCCAUCGACUGCAUCAGAAGCUUUAUCCACCUCUACUAAACCUGACCCCAAAACCAAACCCAGAACCAAGCUUAAAACCACCCAAAAAACCAACACAAAGAUAAAGACUAAGCACAUCCCAAAAACCGACCCACAGACGAAAAAAACACGCACCUCUUCACCAGCAGGAAGCCACAAAAUAACAAUUACAACGAUUACUGAUCGGCAGACAAAAAAGAAGCAAAUAAGGGAUCAAGGAAAACAUUCACAUGCAGAGAACCGCUCUUGGCUUCAGUUGCACAAGAAAACAGUGAUAUACUCAAGCAGCGCUGCUGGACUUUGUAUUAUUAUCAUCAUAACAGUUGUUUUGAUAUUUCUCAAGAAGAGAUCAAGAACUCCACCCAACACCCAACACAUAGAUAUCGAUGAGCAGGAAUCUCCAUACUAUGUGCGGCGAUUUGAUUGCCCAGAAGAAAUCAGGAAGUUGAUGCAAGAUCUACAGGUUGAAGACUCUGGCAACGAUAGAGAGGCCAACACACCACCACCCCUUCCAGACUUUUCCCUGCGAGCAGCUGCAGAUAAUAUAUUUCUCAUGUCCAACAUUUACGAAAAAAUUGAUUAAUUUAGCAUUGCAUUACCAAAGUUAACGAAUCAGCAGCAUUUUUAAUUUUACCAUUAGUAAAAAUAAAUAACAAAGGAUGUCAUUUGAUAAAAUUUAAAACGCAGCUUGCUAAACAAAUUUAAACUAAACAGUCCGACCCUAAAACUGGCCUAAAGUUUCAAAGAUCUUGGGAACACACUAAGUUUUAAAAGAACACACAAAGAUGCUCCAAUGACAAUAAAAAAUAAAACAAAAUACCUAGUUGACCUAAACAUACCUAAUUUAAAAAAGAAAAAUUAGACAGAAGUAUAAAAUUAACUGGACAGCUCUGCCAACACAGCAUCGAGUACUAUAUGACAGAUUAUGUGUGAGCAGAAAAGCAACUAGAAAUACUGGAAAAAUACAAAUAUAUUAUUUAUUUACAAAUAAUGCAGAUAUAUUUUUUCUAGAUAGCCAGUGAAUUAAACGGAUAGCCCUAACAUUGUAAAAAUAGGAAUGCACUGAGAAAAUUGCAGAUGAUUUAAGUCUCACCUCGCUGCAAAAUUAAUUUAGUCUCCGUGACUUCCGCGGACCACGAAAUAAAUUUAACAAAGGUACAAAUUUUUUAUCAGACGCUCGAUUUUUUCUUAGCCUUUUGAAGCAUUGAGGGAAAUUGUAAAUCUAUUAACUUAGUGUAUAACAAUAAUUAAAUAAAAAACCAAAUAUGUAAAUUCAAUAUUUAGCGGUAAAAGUACCAAAUAUGUAAAUUCAAUAUCUUAAUUAGUAUAUGAUUGUUCUUUUUUUAAUCAAAUCAAAGCCAUAGACUAUUUUGUAGUCUUUCCUCAUUGUUGCUAUUUUACACUAUUCUAUGUUCGAAAUGACGAAAAGCUAGAUUUGUCGUGGAUAAAUUAUAGAUAAGGGUGUUGCGAACUGUAUUGUUUUUGUUCAAGUUAGUUGGCCGUCAAAGGAAACUAGGCCUAAGUGACGAGAAGAAGAUAUGCAAGAGCAGACUGGAAAAUAUUCAAUGAAACAAGCAGAGUCAAUCAAGGUACUCACCUACGGCUUCAGGCCUAAAUUUAAGUGUAUAAUAAGCUCUGCAGCAAAAUAAUGUUCGACAACUAAGAUAUCCCAACCAGGCUACCAGAGUACAGCAACGUUGUAUACUGAAAGCCAGCUACUGCUAGAACUUUUCAGGCCUAAACGUCCAUGCCAGCGUGGAUUCCAGGGUUUGUAUGACAAGAACCAAUUCCCUAGCCGAACUAAAUACCCAAGUGGACCUGACUAUUUUCAAACACAAUAAAAAUCCGCAAUUCACGAAUGGCGACGCAUAUUUGACUGCUUGCAUCUUUCUGUCGCUCUGUCAAAAAUUUCCCACCAUCCUGAAUACUUAGUUUGCCCUGAACACUUGAAUAAUUUCUAGGUUUUAUACAGCGAUAUUAUUAAAAUAUUGUUCGAGGCUGCAUUUAAACCUCUCUUAUUCUGAAUCACAUUCCAUUUAGGCAUAGUUGCCUCGUAGGGUUUGUUUGAAUAUUUUCAAAGACUGCACCUAGAGCUCUAAUGUCUUAUACUAUUAUCGUGUUUAAUGAAAAUAUUUGAUUGCAAAAAGCUCUUACUUUCGGAGAAACUUCUUCAACAGCUACGCAUUGCUAUUCAUUAAUACCCAAUGUUACGUCCAUGCCACUACCCGGCAAAAGGCACUUUCUAAACAAUAUGUGCGAUGUAUUUCUACACCUUGAGAUAAAACACGAAGAAAAGAAAUGUUUUGCAAAAACUAGUUCUUGUUUUCUGCUCAGUAUGAUUUUAAAUUUGACUAUCAAUAGAUAUCUCGUUCAGACUUCAGUCCAUUUUAGCAUCCACUGAUACCGAGGAUACUGCCUCUAUAAUGUCCAGCCGUGGCACUUACAUCUCGUUUGUUUGGUCGACGUACCAUUGCAGCGACGUACCCCUGCAUUCGAAUGGAUCCUUCAUUGAUACUUUGAUACACAAUGCAUUCUGGUCUAGAUUAAAGAACAGAUGAACAGAAAAAAUCAAGCGUCAGUAGAAUAAGUUAAUAAGCCAAUCUUACUUUUGAUAAGAAAUUUGCUAUAAGAAAUCAGUGCUUAAUAAGAUUAAGAAACUUCAAUAGUGAGAGGAAAAAAUAAAGAAAUCAUCGGAUUUUAAAAGUGGAGCCUGUUAUUGUUGCAUGUUCACAUCAAUGUGAUUGGGUGCAUUUUAAUUGACUGAGUAAAAUGCGGGUGAGCUACGUAUGGUUGUUUGCAACUUAAAUAUUAAUGCAUAAAUUUACCUUAGUGUUGAAUGAAGAUGCAUCUCUGUACAGAUUUUUUUAGUUGCAACAACAUUCUGUCUGUCCCAUGUGGACACUUCGCAGUUAUCAGCUUUGAUGCUAAAUUCUGCUACCCCAUAAUCUCGUGCUACCCUCGAAUACCAUUUACUUGCAGGGGCAGAUUGUCUUCAUUCGAGGUCAGUUUGAAUGGCCAUCACGUGAUCACUUUAGAGUACACCAUGCAACUUCAUCAGAGUUUAUUUGCAACUACAAACACGAAAGAAAGAUCCGAUUAGGCUUUUCAAUCCAGUUUUAGGCAAUGUGAUGAAGAGGAUCUAUGAAAAAGUACUGUCAAAAAGCCAAAAUUCAAACGUUGACGACAGUUAUAUUCUUUUUGUGUUUGUGUCAGAUACUUAAAUUAUUAUCUCUCAUCUGACUUUGCUCCGGCUAAUGUCGGGGAGUAAAUUACUGAAUAAAAGCGCUGCAAGUGGACCGUGAAUUAGUGGAUUCAAAACAGAUAUGCCAUGCUGCUUUGAAAAAUUCUUCUAAAGCAUGCAUGAUCAUGUCUCACUAAAACUAAAUCAAUCAAGC